GAGAGAGAGAGAGAUAGAGAGAGAGAGAGAGAGAGAGCGACGCAGAGAGAGAGAGAGAGAGAGAGAGAGAGAGAUUGUUUCUGUGAAUUUGUUUUGGGUAUAUAAGAGAGGGAGGAACAGCAAUGGUGUCGGACGAAGACAUCGCCAAAGCGGUAGAGUCUCUUAUUCGCGACACAAACCCUAAUUCCACUCCCUUCACCUCCCUCAACGCCGUCGUCCUCCACCUCCAGUCCCAGCUAGGGCUUGACCUCUCCCACAAGCUCGACUUCAUCCGCAACCACAUCCACCUGCUCCUCCGAUCUCCGCCUCCGCCGCCUCCGCAGCCGGCGGCCCCCCUCCCCCAAAACCCUAAUUUCCAUGCCUCUCCGCAUUUGCCCGCUCCGCCUGCGGCGCCGCCGGCGACAAAGAGGGAGCCCGCGGCUGCGGCCGUCGAUGCUUCCGCAGUCGCCCCUGCUGAAGCCCCCGUAGAGAGUUCUCAAACUGGAAAAAAAAGAAGGGGUGGCCCAGGGGGAUUAAACAAGCUUUGUGGGGUUUCACCUGUACUUCAGGCCAUUGUUGGGCAGCCAGCACUACCCAGGACAGAGAUUGUUAAACAGCUCUGGGCUUACAUAAGGAAAAACAAUCUUCAAGAUCCAAGCAACAAAAGGAAGAUAAUUUGUAAUGAUGAGCUGCGCUUGGUGUUUGAGACAGACUGUACUGACAUGUUCAAGAUGAAUAAGUUGCUGGCUAAACACAUUAUCCCUCUUGAACCUAAAAGUGAAAAUGCAAAGAAACAGAAGGUUGAAGUAGAACUAGGGACAAAAGCUGAUGAAUCUGGUCCAAUUGUGAUAAUAUCUGAUGCACUAGCAAACUUUUUCGGAACUACUGGAAGGGAGAUGCUGCAGUCUGAGGUUUUGGGACGUGUCUGGCAAUACAUAAAGGUCAACCAACUGGAGGAUCCUGUUAAUGCAAUGGUUAUUAGGUGUGAUGCAAAGCUUCAGGAACUUUUGGGUUGUGCAAGCAUUUCUGGAAUGGGGAUACCUGAGAUGUUGGCCCGUCAUCAUUUAUUUAAGAGAUGAAGAUAACUGAUCGCAUUGGCUGGUUAGUAGUUAUAUAUAUGUGAAUGGUGGUGUUAAUCUGACUGAGGACCUGCUGUGGAAAAGGUUUUUUUUUUUUUUUUUGGCUUUUGUAUCCUCCCUUCCUUGGUGGUUUUACAUUGUCUCUCUCCCCUCACCUAGACCUAGGCUAGGCAAGUAAGUUGAAGUUGUGAGUAGAAGAAUGAUUAUGUAAAGUUCCAAUUUGUGUUUUGUGUAGCUGGAAUAUGCACCAUAGUCAAUCCUCCUAACAUAAGUAGGAUGAUGUUUGUUUAUUGGGCUUCUUAUUAUGCAACACUAUUUGUAAAAUUCUGAGGACAGUAGGAAAACUGGACUCCCUCCCUGUUAA